UAUACAGAGAGCAAUUUAAUUUACAGACGAUACAUCUAAUAUAUACGAGGAUCGGAGCCGGAGGCGGAGAGAGAGAUCUCGCCCCCGUAAUCUGCCUGCCGGGGGGGACAACAAGACAUGUCAAACGGCUCAGAGCAGACUCCGGCGGAGGAGCCCAGAGUGUCCGACCAAAAUCCCACCGGCCCAACCGACCAAGCUCAGGAAUGGGAGGCCAUGGCUCGAGCUUGGCUCCGUGCCUUCCCGGAGGCGAAGGCCGUCAGCGUCACCGACGUCGAGGCUUGGAUCGACGUCAACCGCAGCUGCCUGCCGGCCGAGCUCAAAUCCAUGGCUAAGUCCGAGCUCAUUGAGAGGCUUCUGUCCAUUCAGAACAUCCUGAGGUUGCCCACUCAAGCGCCGCCGGAAAAAGAAGUGAGUCAGAAGGAGUACCCGUACCGAUUCCAACGUACUGACCAGUGGUUGCCAGUUUAUUCGUGGUUAGAGUCCCUGGAAACGGAUGACGUAGUUAAGUCCAAUGAGAUAGCUGACUGGCUAACAAACAACCCAGAGAUCAGAGAUCAACUCUCCGCUAAACAUUCUAAGUAUCAUUUGACACACUAUAUCAAAAAGUGCCACAUGAAGAUUCUGAAGAGGAAGGAAAAGAAGAAGGUUGUGGAGCAUCCUGCAGAAGUCCCUUUGGUAAAUGCUGGCAGAAGUUUGCCCUCGAAACACCUUGUCCCGAUUCCAUAUAACCCUGUGAGCAACAUACCAAAAGACAGUGAGCUAUAUGUUGCAAAACGAAAUGAAGCGGUGCGCAAGUAUGAAAUCUUGGUGGCGUUUGAGAAACAACUCUUGACCCUGUUCCCCAGGAAUUGAGAUGUCAGAAUUGAAACUCGGAGCAGUAAAUUAUUUUCAGAGUUCUGCCGGUUUAAGUGGGGAGGAAGGAGGUAGUGUUAAAUUCUGUAAAUAGUGUUUUGGUCCCUCCGCAGGCCUCUUCCUUUGUAUGCUAGGAAUGAUCCAAGUGUUAACUUUCCAACUCCAUGCUUGAGCCACACAUAAUUUUCACUUUCAAAAGGCCCUUCUCCUCUCCUUUUUCCUACUGGAUGAGUCGCCUUUCUAAGUAGUCUUUUUACAUGUUAUACAAUGCACAUCAUUCGAGUUGAGCACAUUCAUACGGGAUUUAGAUCUUGAAUA